CCUUCCCGGAGCCCCGCCCUUCCCGGGUCCCCCCCGUGUCCCGGGGGCCUGCCGUGCCCGGGGGUCCCCGCUGCCCCCCGUUACGGCCUGUGUCCGCGGGUGUCCCACCCCCCGCGCCCCGGCCCCCGGCCCCGCCCCCGGCCCCGCCCCCGCCGCGGCGGGCAGGACCGUGCGGGCUGCGGGCUGGCACCGGGCCCGCCCCGCCCCGGCACCGGCACCGGCACCGGCACCGGCACCGGCACCACCGGCCCCAGCGGCCCAUGGGGGCUCCGGGAGCGGCCGGCGCGGCAGGCAGCCGGUGAGCCCAGGCCUGAGCGGGGCAGCGUGGCCGGCGGCGCGGCGUGACCAUGCAGGCGGAGGCCAGAGGGGAUUUCUGCGGCAGGGACCAGCGCCCCGAGCUUGGCAAGGAGGUGCUGGUCCCAGAGCGCCCGGCGGGGACCCCCACCCACGGGCCGGCACAGGAGCCCCCCGGAACCCCUGCGGAGCAGGAGCAGGGUGGCAUCCCCAUCCCCAGCGCCGGCCUGCUGCAGGUCACCGAGCGCAGACAGCCCCUGAGCAGCGUCUCCUCGCUGGAGGUGCACUUCGACCUCCUGGACUUGACGGAGCUGACCGACAUGUCGGACCAGGAGCUCGCCGAGGUCUUUGCCGACUCCGACGAAGAGAAUGCGGCUGGAGAAUCGCCCAGCGGGCUGCAGCCGGUGCCACGGGCCGGGUACCUGCGCUCGCCCUCCUGGACCCGAGCGCGGGAGCAAGGCCGGGAGAAGAAGCACCUCAGCGAACCGGAGCUGCCGCCAGGACCCCCGGAUGCCUUCCUGCCCGCCGAGCGGCCCCGGGAGCCCUAGGGGACACGCUGGGGGAUGGACACGGAGGAGGGGGGGACACCGGUGCCGACCCUGGGCACCACUGGAGCCCGUCCCCGCCGCCCUGCCCGGGGAGAACCGGGGCGCAGGACUGGUGCUGCGGCGGGGGGAGCGGGCAGCUCGCCCGGAGGCACCGGGGAGCGGCUGUGGGCAGAAGAAGCCCCCAGCCCCGCCAAGGGGGACCCAGGGCUGGCUAAAGCUGGUGGCCGGGCAGACCGCCACCCACCACGCUACUGGGGAAGGGGCAACCAGGACCCAGAGCCCAGCACAGCCCCAGCUGCUGGGAGCGGUGGGAUGUGCUGCCCGGGCGCGGCCGGUGCCGGUGUUGGCCCGGUCCAUCAUGUAGCAGCGCUGUGUACCGGUAAAACCGACCCACCCAGCCA